CAACAAGCAACGAUAUUGAACCGAAACCCAAACCAAGAAGCUUCUGGUUUUAGUGUAUAGCUUUAGUAUUAUUUUUCAUAGCAAAACACUAUGAUUCCACCGGCCGAGUCUCUCCUGAAAUACAGCAAUCCAGUUUUGGUCAGCAAAAGUACGGACAGGAAAUCACCGAAGGGGCGUCCUUUGAGAGUGAGCCCUCAGCAGCCUGUUGACUCUAGCCCUGUUCCACCUCCUCCUAAACCCAAAUCAGCCUCCACAGAGGCCACCAAGCAGGAAAAUGAGGAGAUCCUGAAUGCCAUCCUUCCACCAAGGGAAUGGACGGAGGGGAACCAACUGUGGGUGCAGCAAGUGUCAAGUGCACCUUGUACAAGAACGGAUGUCGUGCACCUAGAGGAACUCCUGGACACGAAGCUGCAGCAAAGGCAGGCCAGAGAAACUGGCAUCUGCCCUGUCCGCAGGGAGCUCUAUUCCCAGUGCUUUGAUGAGCUAAUCCGACAGGUGACCAUCAACUGUGCUGAGAGGGGUCUGCUGCUGUUGCGGGUCAGAGAUGAGAUUCAAAUGACUAUUGCUGCCUACCAGACCCUGUAUGAAAGCAGUGUGGCUUUCGGCAUGAGGAAAGCACUGCAGGCUGAGCAGGGCAAGGCUGACAUGGAGAAACGAAUCGCUGAUCUGGAGAAUGACAAACAAGACCUGAAGAAACAAAUGAACGAACAGAAAGCCAGAUGUGAUGCGACUGAAAAGAGAGAAAAUGAAAGGCGACAGGUGGAGGAAAAGAAGCAAACAGAGGAGAUACAGUUCCUGAAGAGAACCAACCAGCAACUCAAGACCCAACUGGAAGGGAUCAUUACACCAAAGAAAUAACUUCAAAAACUGAGAUGCCAUUUCCCAGUACAGAAUGUUACUUUGUCUUUUGUCUCGUUUCCCAAUAAUAUCAAUUAAUGUAAACUGAGUGUGAUUAGCAAAUAUUUUAUUUUUCUUUAACAGCAUGACAAGUACAAUUACUG